AUGUCGAAUAAUACUGUCGGCUCGUCGGGGCCAGCUCCCGGCAAAAUACGUGGUCCUGGUAGACCUCCGAAACGUACUUGUACAUGGUGUGCUGAAAGUAAGACUCCGUUAAAAUAUGUUCUACCGACGGAAAAUGGUAAAAAAGAGUUUUGCUCCGAAACAUGUCUCUCAGAGUUCAGACAGGCGUACAGCAAAGGCGCGUGUCUACAUUGUGACACAGUUAUACGCGGUAAUGUACCUUCUAGCAGCAAAAAUUUCUGCUCUACGCAUUGUUUGAACAUUUAUCAGAAGAAAAAUGAAAAACGUACCACAUCACCACAGUCUGGAAACGGAGCAAACGGAACUGAAAGUAAUUCUAACAACAAUUCUACGGGUUCAUUUUAUGAUAUUUACCAACCUUUUGACUGGACUGAAUACAUGAAAGAAACAAACAGUGUACCCGCACCUCAAGAAUGUUUUAAACAAGCACCAAUGCCACCCAUCAAUGAUUUUAAAGUUGGGAUGAAGCUCGAAGCAUUGGAUCCCCGUAAUCUGACAUCAACAUGCAUUGCAACUGUUGUUGGUGUUUUGGGUCCAAGGUUGAGACUGAGAUUGGACGGAAGCGAUAAUAAAAAUGACUUUUGGCGACUCGUUGAUGCUGGAGAUAUACACCCCAUAGGACACUGUGAAAAACAUGAUGGAAUGCUACAACCUCCACUCGGCUUUCGCAUGAAUGCAAGCAGUUGGCCUAUGUUUUUGCUCAAGACUUUGAAUGGAGCCCAAAUGGCUCCUGCUAAAGUAUUUCAAGAUGAGCCACCUACUCCCAAAUCAAAUUUAUUUUUUGUUGGUCAAAAGUUGGAAGCAGUUGAUAAAAAGAACCCGCAGUUGAUAUGCUGUGCAACAGUUGGAGCAGUUAAAAAUGACCAAAUCCAUGUUACAUUUGAUGGUUGGAGAGGAGCAUUUGAUUACUGGUGUAGAUAUGAUUCUAGGGAUAUAUUCCCUGUGGGGUGGUGUGCUCGAGCAGGUCAUCCUUUGCAGCCACCUGGUCAGUGCUACAAAAGUGCUACAACUCCAUCAAGGUUUAAACUUAGACCUACUGGUAUACCUAAUCCUGCUUUGCCAGAAGGUGGUUCUACUGGUGCUGGAAACUCCUCUACAACACCUACAUCAACACCGGCUCCUCUAGUGAGACUUUGUAUUCGAAACAGCUGUACUGGUGGAAAUAGCUUGUUACCCAGUACAAUUUCAGGGUCUGGGCCUUCAGGUGCUGCUGAAGCUCUUGCUAAGGAACUAUUAAUUGUACAUCCAGACCCUCAAAGAUUGACAAGAGCAAUAAUGACUGCAUCAAGUAGCUAUUCUAAUAAUAAUAAAGUACAGGUCUCAUCUGGAAGCAAAAAUUAUACAGUAAAAGUACCUUCAGAGCUUACAAAUGAUGACCUGAAGAAUUGGUUGAAAGCUGUUUGUAGUGGUGUGGGAAGCUGUGUUGGUAUGAUAAAAAUAGAUACAGAGGAUGCGCCUGGUCAACUAUGUUCACUUUGUGGAGAUUCAUCAUCUAAUAAUGUAUCAUCAGCUGUAAAGAGGCCCCUAAAUGAUGAGAAUAUCGCUAACGCAGAGGAGUGCUCUGCAAGCAAGGUGGGACGCGUGUCUCCAGAACGAGCAGAGCCUGCAUCAUCCACAACCACGACCAGUGGGGCACCUCCUCCACCGCCGCCGCAGACGCCGCCGGGGGACUGGUCUGUGGAAGACGUCAUUGGGUUUAUUGCUGCUGCUGAUCAGGCUCUUGCAGCACACGCUGACUUGUUCAGGAAACAUGAAAUCGACGGGAAAGCAUUACUAUUGCUGAAUUCUGGUAUGAUGAUGAAGUACAUGGGUCUAAAGUUGGGUCCUGCUUUAAAAAUUUGUAAUCUUGUUUCAAAAAUAAGAAAUCAUAGACAUUACAGCACCUAA